AUGAUAUUUCUCUUUUCUUCAAUUCUUAGAGCUCAAGGUUACACUACAAGAACUCAAAUGUUCAUUUAUGGAGGGUGCUCUCAAGAAAAAUACCAACCUAACACACCCUUUGAAGCCAACCUUAAUUCUUUUCUGUCUUCAGUUGUUAGCUCAUCUUCUCACAUUUUAUACAAUAGCUUUGCAAUUGGAAAUGGAAGCUCAACAGCCUCAGAAGGGUCCAUAUAUGGCUUGUACCAAUGUAGGGGUGAUUUAAGACCAAUUGAUUGCUCAAAAUGUGUUCAAAGUUCUGUUAACCAAAUAGGUUUGGUUUGUCCCUUGGCCCUUGGAGCAUCUUUGCAACUUGAAGGCUGUUAUCUAAGAUAUGAACAUGUUGAUUUCCUUGGAAAACCUGACACUAGCCUUUGGUUCAAGAAGUGUAGCAAAGCUGUGACAAAUGAUGUUGAGUUCUUUAGGCGUAGAGAUGAUGUUCUUGCUGAUUUGCAAGUAGCUAAUGGAUUUGGAGUUAGUACUUCAGGUUUUGUUGAAGGGUUUGCACAGUGUUUGGGGGAUUUAACUGUUGCAGAUUGCUCUUCUUGCCUUGCAGAAGCAGUGAGAAAGCUGAAGAAUAUAUGUGGAUCAGCAGCAUCUGCUGAUGUGUUCUUGGCACAGUGUUAUGCUAGGUAUUGGGAAUCUGGCUACUAUGAUGAACCAGAAUCUUCCAACGACGAUGACCAAGUGGGAAAAUCAGUUGCCAUUAUUGUGGGAGUACUAGCAGGUCUAGCCAUUCUAAUUGUCCUCCUCUCAAUCUGCCGAAGAGCAAUGGGUAACAUUUGA